AAUAUGGCUGCCCCCAGUAAUGUUUCGCGAUGUGAUCGAUCGGACACUCCCAAUAUCUAUGAAAUGUCCAACAAAAAUGAAAACUCGUCAAAAGAACUGUUAAAUAUCGAGUGUAACCUACUGGAAUCAAAACUUUUGCUGAAGAAGAAAAAAACAUACAGGCCUGAACCUUCCUCAGUAUUACAAUCAGUUAAAGACUUUUUACCAGCUAUGGCGGAUGCAAAUAAAGUACUGGAAAAAACACUUGUAGAAACACCACAUAAAGAUGUAGAUAUUGAAAAUAUACAGAAUUUUGAUGGACCUAUUAUUGAAAUGAACCUUGCUCUCUUUGAGAGAGAUAGUGGAUCAGAUGAAGAUAGUGAGUUAGACUCAUCUGAUGAGGAGGGGGAAAUGGGAAAGUCACCUAGUAACACCAGUGAUGAUGAUGAUGAUGAUGAUUCUGUACUUUUACAAGCAAAACAAAUAACUGAAACAAAUCUCAAACUCACUAGAACUCGUCAAAAGAAACCUGUUAUUGAAGAGAUUGAGACUAUGUGUAAUUCCAAUGAUAAUACUUUGAGGUAGUAGAGGAAAAUAAAAAGGUUUUUUAGAACGCUGGGCAUUGACAUCACCAAAUGAAAAUGAGAAAAAACACUGUCGGUGACAUUGAUAUUGUCAUUAUUAUUAUCGCAAAACAAGGUUUGUUUGAGUUUGAUUUCUGGAUGCAGCUUUGUGUCCAAUACAUUUAAAGUGAAAACAAGUGAAACAUCUAAACCUCAGAAUAAUACAGGAAGACAUUAUUUAUCAUAUUCAUCCAAAGCACCACCAGAUGACACCAGUAAAGUAGUUACAGAAAACAUUGACAAGAUCAUAGAAAUAUAUUAUUAUUGUAAAUAAAAUUGUAAUCUGUGUUGAUUUGUUGGAUU